CAGAACAGCAGCAAGACAUGGCCCAAUUCAUACAUUUAUUUUCCAAGUUCUACCCAUGUGAGGAAUGUGCUGAAGACCUAAGGGAGAGGUGUCUCAGCCUUUCCCUGGGAACAAGUUGACCUUGGAUGCCUCAUGCAGAGGGAGCUGCAGGCACAGGCUUCUCUCUGGCCUUCUGCAAGUGCACCAGGAAGCACCCAGGCUCUCCAGCGAUGCUGUGGCUGCAGCGGAGUUUGAGCCCAGUCCCUGCCCGCUUUACCCUGGAGGCCCGGCGGCAGGUCGGGAGGGUGGUCUCGGACCGGAUCACGCAGCAGCAGCAGCGGACCCGGGCGGCCUCGGGCGGGGCCGGCCGGACGGACAGACGGACACAGGGCGCUGGGGCGCGCGUCCCGCCCGGGCCGGCCAUGGAGGGUGCCUCGUUCGGCGCGGGCCGCGCGGGGGCCGCCCUGGACCCCGUGAGCUUCGCGCGGCGGCCCCAGACCCUGCUGCGGGUCGCGUCCUGGGUGUUCUCCAUUGCCGUCUUCGGGCCCAUAAUCAACGAGGGCUACGUGAACGCCGACAGCGGCCCCGAGCUGCGCUGCGUCUUCAACGGGAACGCGGGCGCCUGCCGCUUCGGCGUCGCGCUCGGCCUGGGGGCCUUCCUGGCCUGCGCCGCCUUCCUGCUGCUCGACGUGCGUUUCCAGCAGAUCAGCAGCGUCCGCGACCGCCGGCGCGCCGUGCUGCUCGACCUGGGCUUCUCAGGGCUCUGGUCCUUCCUGUGGUUCGUGGGCUUCUGCUUCCUCGCCAACCAGUGGCAGCGCACGGCGCCCGGGCCCGGCACGGCGCAGGCGGGGGACGCGGCGCGGGCAGUCAUAGCCUUCAGCUUCUUCUCGGUCCUCAGCUGGGUGGCGCUCACCGUGAAGGCCCUGCAGCGGUUCCGCCUGGGCACCGACAUGUCACUCUUCGCCACCGAACAGCUGAGCGCCGGGGCGGGCCAGGCCUACCCCGGCUACCCAGUGGGCAGUGGCGUGGAGGGCACGGAGACCUACCAGAGCCCGCCCUUCACCGAGACCUUGGACACCAGCCCCAAAGGGUACCAGGUGCCCGCCUACUAGUGGCUGGCAGGCCCAGACCAGGGCCUGAAGGCCGCUCCACCAACGCAGCCCCCAGGGCCUCCUGGGGCCUCCCUUGGGUCCUUCCAGUCCUGCACCAGGGACAGAGGGCGUGGCUACUGUGGGCUGUCCGGGGCCAAGAGGACCUAGUCCCUAGAGUGCCUGGGCCAUCCCCCUGCAAGUCCCCUCAGUCCACUCAGCACCUGGCCCCAGGCCUGAGGUCCUCAGGAGGGGACAGCACAGCCCAGGGCAUGUGUCCACUAGCUGGAGCGUACUGACCUGGGGGAGGCGUUCCCCUCAGGGGCCAGACAACCUCGGGCUCACCUGUGCACUCUGGGGUCAAGGGUCCAACUGGCCCCACAACCAGGUGCAGGGACUGCCCAGGACCCGGUACAAGGACACCCCCUACCAUGGCUGGGGAUCCUGGCUAGUGUUCCCCGUCCCAUGUCCCUGUGGGUAGUGACUGUCCUUGCUCCUGUCAUGAUGGUUUGUCCCGUCCAGACCCUCCCACCAUUUCCUCUCGCAGGCUCGGUAGAGCAACCUGGCCGUGUCGAUGUU